UCGACUUCUUGACGAUUCCUCCGCCAGCCCACGGUCGGUCAGCUCCACACCCCGGAAGAUCGAACUUUUUGUGGUACGUGGUCAGCCUGUCUGCGUGCAAGACUAUUGAUAGACACUAUGUCAAUGUCAGCAAGAUGUUGUCAACGAGUGGUUUUGGGUGGGAUUGGAUCCAUAACAAGCUUAUGGUUGAUAGUGAGGACGUGUGGAGAAACUAUGUCAAGGCAAACAAAGAUGCAGCAUGCUACAGGCACAAGGUCAUAAAGUUUUGGGACUCUAUCAGCCUUGUCUUCUCGAAGGAUCAUGCCACCGGAACCGGAGUCAGAACUGCUGGUGAAAGUGCAGCGGAAAUGGCUGCAGAGAAUGUCAACAACAUCAACACUGAUUCUGCCGCAACAUCUUCAACCCAAACCGGCGAGGAACAGAAGAGGAAAAGAUAUCGAUCGGAUGACUCAAUUGCAUCUAUGCUUGGAGAGAAAUUGGAUAAUUUUACCAGUGCCUACAAAGCUGAUAUCGCUCAAGUUGCUCCUCCUGAGAAACCCUCCUCUCCUGAAGAAAUACUUGACGCUCUCAAUGCAAUUGUGGGACUGGAUGAUGAUGGCUUGCUAGCAGCUUAUGAUAUCCUCAUAGCAGAUGACCGCAAGUUCAAGGCUCUUAUGGCGCUGCCUGAAAGGAUGAAGAAGAAAUGGAUCCUCAAGCAAAUCAACCAAUGAAGGUAUGUUUCUUGUUCUGUGAUUAGUUACCAGCUAGCAAGCUCUACUGCAUUUUGUCCUUAGUUGUUUGUUAUAGUACAA